AUGUCUCAACACCCAGUUUCAACCAAUUCAAGAAAUUUCAAUUUCAAUUUGGAUGUGUCUGGCGUCGCAGGAUUCUUCGGUGGAGACGAAGCCGUCCAGGCUAUGAUGACUAUCCACCUAUACAAGGCUAGGAGGUGGUCUGGGUGGUACAACGCUCCCGGCAGCUUCGCCAUUGCCAAAUACUUAGGCCCCAUAGCAAACUCUCGGUUCUGGAACGCGCUUUUCCCCGGGCCCAACAAAGACCCAGAGGAGGUCUUUGGGCUAGACAACCAGUUGGGCCCCAAAUACAUUGCUUCCCAGUCCGGCACCAUCAUUGAUAAGACGACACAUCUCGCUUAUCUCUUGGCACAGAAGAGCAAGGAGGUUCGCCCUUUAAAUAAAGUUAUGGGGCGACCCGGGCGAAAGACGCAGCCGAUGACCUUGACUGUCGUCAAAGUUAAUGACAUGUUUGGCGUGCAGUCAGAGACUCGCCCCCAAGACUCGUCUCAAUUGCACGACUCGGAGAAAACACCAACCACUAUCGUUGGGGUCCUAGAUCAUAACAAAUGGCUAGCCAUCAUGCCCAUAUUAGCAAGCUUAUCUACCUGCGGACUGUGCGCAUAUAAUCGCGACUGGUAUUGCUUCGCGAUGAUUCUUUUGGGUGUCAUUUCCAACGGCUUGACAUAUCUUGUUGUUGGCUCGGCAUUUGUCGUCCUCAAGGGAGUCAAACCUGCGGAUAACGCCCCUCCUGGGGACGGGAUGCUGGUCGAUGACAGUUCAAACCACAUUGUCAUUCUGAAGGGGGAGGAAAGGGCCGUGAACGGGGUCACGAAAGGGAGGUUUUGCCUGGAGUACACCCCUGACGCACGCUGUCGCCGCGCACCUACGGAUCCACGCUCAGACCCAGAAGCACAGCGAAAUGAGAUUGGACCCAAAGAAUACAGGAGCAUUGGACUCUGCAGUCUCCUGCUCGGCAUGCAAUCAUUGCUGCAAUUGCUUCUCAUCCCUCAAGGAACGCUGUUCGGCCAAUUUAUGUUCCUCUCAUCGUUCGUAAUCUCCUGGGUUUAUAAUUUGUACCUGUCAUCUCUUGACAAGGAAAAGGUGCAACAGCAACUACUGUUUAGAACGCUGAAGGUGGGACCCAUGUCGAAAUUCGAGCUGGGCACUAGGACAACAGCCGCGGUAUUCGCCGCGCUUGUCUUACGGCCACCUCCUGAAUCCGCCUCCGCCUCGUUUGAGGCCAGCAAACUCCUGAAGUGUUUUCUGCCGAAUGAAACUGCGGUGUGGAACAAGUGGAGAAAGCACAUAGGACGUCAUAUUGAAACCGUCAACUGGACUCAAGAUACGGAUUGGGAGGAAAACUUGAAGUCGCUAAAAACAUGCGAUGACACAGAGCUCAGGAAGGAAGAGCGUGACCUGCUCGCAGAACUGUUGGAUGACGCGGGGGAUGCCUUCCAGGGAUACUUCGAAUUCUUCCUAUCAGGUAACCAGGGUGUCGGUGGAGGGAAAAACGCUUCAGGAUUUCGGCGCGAGUGGAGUUCUUCCACAAAAAGUCGGCGCACAGCGGAGCAUGCACCACUGUCUAACUGA